AUGAAUGACGAAAAGCAGCCACUGCUUAUAGGGCCUAUCAGUCCUCUAGACAAUGCUGAAAUUCAGACGGUGGAAUUAGCGGAUGGUGGGCCGAAUUUAACACCUAAGGACGAAAAAGCGAAAAAUGACUACCAUCCUGCUUCUGAACGAUGUCUUGAACAUCCUACGUCUAAUUUCGACACUAUGAUACAUCUGCUUAAAGGCAAUAUUGGUACAGGUAUUUUAGCGAUGCCCGAUGCCUUUAAAAAUGCUGGUUUAUUUUUUGGUGUUUUUGGCACAUUAUUUAUGGGAGCUAUUUGCACACACUGUAUGCAUAUAUUAGUUCAGUGCUCCAAUGAAUUGUGUAUAAGAAACCAAAGACCGGCAAUGAGUUUUGCUGAAGUUGUUGAAGAUGCAUUUGCUAUGGGGCCAGUAUCAUUGCGGUCAUAUUCAAAAAGAAUGAAAAAUGUUGUCAAUGUGUUUUUGUUACCAUUGUACUUUGGAACUGCUAUCUAUGCAUUUGAGGGCAUUGGAGUGAUCUUGCCGCUGGAGAAUAACAUGAAGACACCGGAAGCGUUUGGUGGUUGGAAUGGUGUUUUGAACACAUCCAUGGUUAUAGUAGCGGUGCUGUAUACAGCGAUUGGAUUCUUCGGCUACCUGAAAUAUGGCGACAAAGUGCACGGCAGUAUAACUCUGGAUCUACCGGAUGACUUAUUGGCGCAGAGCGUUCGAGCUGUGAUGGCUCUCUCUAUAUUCCUUUCAUACGGCCUGCAGUUCUACGUGCCUAUGAAUAUAGUGUGGCCUUACGUCAAAUCCAAGCUGACCUCGGACUACGCACUAAAACAUGGGGAAGUGGUGACUCGUUUCGUGUUGGUUUUUAUUACGUUUGUUGCGGCCGCAUUAAUUCCCAACCUGAGUGGUAUAAUUUCAUUGGUGGGCGCCUUUAGCAGUUCAGCGUUGGCAAUUAUUUUCCCGCCAUUCAUUGAAAUUAUGACGUUUUGGCCCGAGCGUAUGGCCAAAGACGAAUGGGUAUUAUGGAAAGAUAUCGCUUUAAUACUAUUUGGUUUGACAGGUUUUGUGUUUGGUACUUACGCUAGUGUAGAAAAUAUUUUGCAGCACUCU